ACGCUGCAGUAUCUGGCCGCACCGAUGAUGGACGCUGGCACUGGGAACACCACUACCACCACCAACGCCACCUCGUCUGCAGUGACACCGAGCGUCGCCGACGGUCUGGUGGCGGGUAAACUGCUGAACCAGGUCUUUGCUGCGGCUGCACUCAACCCCCUAGUCGAGAGGCAACUCUCCACGAGUGGAGAACAGGCUCUGGAUAUGUCGGUGAGUACUGUCUUCCACUAG